AGUUUCGUAGCGGAGGCUUUCCUACGGAACUGGAAACGCGCUGGCAGGGAGAAACGCAGAGAACUGCAAUACCCAGAAGCGGUCGCGGGCUCUCAGCAUCCGGGACACCGUCCGCAGGGAUCUCUGGGUCUUGUGGUCCUGUCCUUUGGCAGCAACCCUCUACCGACGGUAAAACUCCAGCCGCAGAGUGGACUACAACUCCCAGUAGCCCUUGCUGCGGUGCGGGGGGUCUUCACGUUCUUGUGGCGCGGCGCAGGCGUACUGGGUCCUCGGCGCGGACCGCGCAGACUGAAUAAUAAAAGGGGAGCGGCGAAGAGGCAGGAAGACAGGACCAUGUCGAAGGGCCCCGGGCCCGGCGGCUCCGCAUCUUCCUCGGCGCCCCCGGCCGCUACCGCUCAGGUGCUGCAGGCACAGCCCGAGAAACCGCAGCACUACACGUACCUGAAGGAAUUCCGCACAGAGCAGUGCCCGCUGUUUGUGCAGCAUAAAUGUACUCAGCAUCGGCCCUAUACCUGCUUCCACUGGCACUUCGUGAACCAGCGGCGCCGCCGGUCCAUCCGCCGUCGAGACGGCACCUUCAACUACAGCCCUGACGUCUACUGCACCAAGUACGACGAGGCCACAGGCCUCUGCCCUGAGGGCGACGAGUGCCCAUUCCUGCACAGGACCACAGGGGACACUGAGCGCAGGUACCACCUGCGUUACUACAAGACUGGAAUCUGCAUCCAUGAGACAGACUCAAAAGGCAACUGCACCAAAAACGGCCUGCACUGCGCUUUUGCCCACGGGCCCCAUGACCUCCGCUCCCCUGUCUACGACAUCAGGGAGCUCCAGGCCAUGGAGGCCUUGCAGAACGGCCAGACCACAGUGGAGGGCAGCAUAGAGGGCCAGUCGGCUGGGGCCUCAAGCCACGCCAUGAUAGAAAAAAUCCUUAGUGAGGAGCCACGGUGGCAAGAGACCACUUAUGUGCUGGGGAACUAUAAGACGGAGCCAUGCAAGAAGCCCCCACGGCUGUGCCGCCAGGGUUAUGCCUGUCCUUAUUACCACAACAGCAAAGACCGGCGGCGGAGCCCCCGGAAGCACAAAUACAGGUCGUCUCCGUGUCCAAAUGUAAAACACGGUGAUGAAUGGGGCGACCCUGGCAAGUGUGAGAAUGGAGAUGCCUGCCAGUAUUGCCACACCCGCACAGAGCAGCAGUUCCACCCGGAGAUCUACAAAUCCACCAAGUGCAACGACAUGCAGCAGUCAGGCAGCUGUCCCCGAGGACCCUUCUGCGCCUUCGCCCACGUAGAACAGCCACCCCUGAGUGACGACUUGCAGCCCCCCUCAGCCGUGUCCAGCCCGACCCAGCCGGGCCCUGUCCUGUACAUGCCAUCUGCUGCCGGAGACUCGGUGCCUGUGAGCCCCUCCAGCCCACAUGCCCCAGACCUUAGCACUCUCCUCUGUAGAAACAGCAGCCUGGGCAGCCCUUCCAACCUCUGUGGCUCCCCCCCGGGCUCCAUGAGGAAGGCCCCGAACCUGGAGGGCAUUGUCUUCCCUGGGGAGUCUGGCCUCGCCCCUGGCAGCUAUAAGAAGGCUCCUGGCUUUGAGAGGGAGGACCAGGUGGGAGCUGAGUACCUGAAAAACUUCAAAUGCCAGGCCAAAUUAAAAUCCCACUCAAUAGAGUCCAGGAGUCAAGAGCAGCCUCUGCUCCAGCCCAAACAGGACGUGCUGGGCAUCCUCCCCGUGGGCAGUCCCCUGACCUCCAGCAUCUCUUCUAGUAUCACCUCCAGCCUGGCAGCUACUCCCCCCAGCCCUGCAGGCACCAGCAGCAUCCCUGGCAUGAACGCAAAUGCUCUGCCCUUCUACCCCACCAGUGACACGGUAGAGUCGGUCAUAGAGUCAGCCCUGGACGACCUGGACCUGAAUGAGUUUGGGGUGGCCGCCCUGGAGAAGACUUUCGAUAGCAACACAGUUCCCCAUCCAGGCAGCAUCACAAUUGGUGGCAGUUUGCUGCAAAGCUCUGCACCUGUGAACAUCCCUGGCUCCCUGGGAAGCUCUGCCUCCUUCCACUCCGCAUCCCCAUCCCCUCCUGUCAGCCUCUCCUCACAUUUCCUGCAGCAGCCUCAGGGUCACCUGAGCCAGUCAGAAAACACGUUUCUAGGGACCUCAGCAUCACAUGGAUCUUUAGGUCUGAAUGGGAUGAGCAGCAACAUCUGGGAGCACUUUGCCUCUGGAAGCUUCUCCCCAGGCACAUCCCCUGCUUUCCUGUCAGGGCCGGGGGCCGCCGAGCUGGCCCGGCUUCGGCAAGAACUAGAGGAAGCCAACGGCACGAUCAAGCAGUGGGAAGAGUCCUGGAAGCAGGCCAAGCAGGCUUGUGAUGCCUGGAAGAAGGAGGCGGAGGAGGCCAGCGAGCGAGCCAGCGCGGCAGGCGCUGAGUGUGAGCUGGCCCGGGAGCAGCGGGAUGCGCUGGAGGUGCAAGUGAAGAAGCUGCAGGAGGAGCUAGAGCGGCUGCCUUCGGGGCCCGGCCUGCAGGCCCUGCCCGCCUUUUCAGACCUGGAGGCCCUGUCGCUCCCCACCCUCUACUCCCUCCAGAAGCAGCUGCGGGCCCACCUGGAGCAAGUGGACAAGGCCGUGUUCCACAUGCAGUCGGUGAAAUGCCUUAAGUGUCAGGAGCAGAACCGAGCGGUGCUGCCGUGCCAACAUGCCGUGCUGUGCGAGCUCUGUGCCGAGGGCAGCGAGUGCCCCAUCUGCCAGCCAGGCCGGGCCCACGCCCUCCAGUCGUGACCCUGCCGCCCGGCCCUGCCUGGCUCAGACCUUCUCACCUAGGACUUUUUAAAGUGUGUAUAUAUGUAUGUAUGUACGUGUGUGUGUAUAUGUAGAUGGAUAUACACACACAUAUAUGUAUGUAUGUAUAUGUAUAUGAUUAUAUGUAUACAUUUCUGUGUGUAUGCGAGUCUGCGUGGGCGGCCAGUGUGUGAACAGUGUCUGUGUGUAUAUCUGUACAUAGAUAUAGACACACACUUUAAAACAGACUUACCAAGCACUUUUUAAAAGAAAACUAUUUUGCAGUCCUCUCCCUGCCCGCCCCUACCCUUCCCACUGCAGAGACAAAGUCCCUUCUUCCCCCACCGGCCUUUUGGCAGGGAAUCUUUCUGUCUCUUUUUUAUGUAGGAACUAACUAUUUUUAACUUCUUCCUAGGGCCUGAGCAGGGAAGGAGGGGAAGCUGGAAGGGGCUGCGGGGAGGGGAAAAGCUUUCCGGUCAGGCCCUGUGCUCACCCCACCUCCCCAGGUGAGAGGUGGGGGUGACUGGGGGGUCCUGGGUCCUGCAGGACAGACCCGUUCCCGGCUGUGAGGGCCUCUGUGAGGCCCAGCCCGCGUGCUUUACCAAAUGUGGAUUUAGGCCCAGGGGGAGCAGCAGGGGCUGGCAGGCCGGAACUGCAGGCCAGCCCCCUCCUGGUACCUGGGUUCCUGAGCUCUGAUGUCCACCUCAGUUCCCUGCCUGCACCCCCAGAACAGCCUCCCUGGCCCCACAGCCACCUACCAGACUCUGCGACCCCUGCUGUCCUCAGUUGUCCCCCCUCUCCUCCCUGGCAGGGCCCUCCACCUGCUAUCUGCCUCCUCCCCCUGGCAGCUAGCAGGGCAAUUGGGGGGAAGGGGCUGUGACUGUGAGGACCAAGGGAGGGGCCCAGGCCCUGCCCCCCUCGCCAGGAGGGGCUCCGUGGCAUUCCUUGGUGCUCUCUGAGUGCAGCUGGCGUCCCGCCCAUCCUGGGGUGGACGCCUGUGAGCGUGUGUGUGUGCCUGUCUGACGUAUAUUGUGUCUUAGCUUCCAUUUCCAGCAUUGUUCUGUACAGAGAUACAGCGGGGGAGGGAGGGCAGAGCGGGCAGAGGGGGCGACCCCGCUCCCAGCGCUGGGUGUCUGGGUCAGAAGCAAGAGGGCGUGAAGGGUCCAGCCCUGGCCCAGGCCCCUCCUUGGGCUCAGCACGAAAGGGCUUUCAAUGAAUUAAGUGGAAACUUUCUCUCUCUCUUUUUUUUUUU